AUGUGUGUGAAGUCAGCGGGAGUGAGGAGCGGCCUCUUCUUGGGCUUCGGCUCUUUGCUGGUUGUAUCAGGCGCCAUCAUGGUGGUCUUCUGGCCAGCGAUCUUCGACAGCCAGUUACAAAGAAUGAUGAUCCUAGCACCAGAUUCUGUAUCGUUCGGCAUUUGGAGGGAAACACCGAUUCCUAUGUUUUUGGAGAUCUUCUUCUUCAAUAUUAGUAAUGUAAACGAAAUACUAAGUGGGACGGCAGAGAAGCUCAAAGUCGUGGAAAUGGGACCGUACGUGUUUCAAGAAUCUCAUACUAAGGUGAAUCUGACGUGGAAUGACAACAGUACCCUCACGUUCUACAACCAGCGGUUCUGGCACUUCAAACCUGAAAUGUCAGUUGGAACCAUCAGUGAUAAUAUCACCAGCAUCAACCCUGUUAUUGCGACGGUGGCAUACCUGAUGAGGAAGCAGCGGUUACCACUGAAGGUGUCCGUGGACUUGUUCCUGAGGAUGUUCCAUCCGCACAUGUUCCAGACGGCCAACGUCACAUCCUGGCUCUUUGAUGGCAUAGAGGAUAGAGUCCUGGACAUCGCGUUGAAGAUCCCUGAACUUCCCUUCGACAUUCCAUAUGAUAAAUUCGGAUGGUUUUACGAGCGCAACGGCUCCUUAGAAUUCGACGGCUCAUUCAACAUCAAUACUGGAGCCAGUGACUUCUCCCAGCUUGGCAACGUGCAGGAGUGGAGAUACGCCAAUAGGACGGACUACAGGGACGAAUGUGGGGAAGUGAAGGGGUCUACAGGAGAGCUCUGGGCGCCAGAGUAUGGACAGCCAGAGGUGAAUGUGUUCGCUUCUGAUAUUUGCACGUACCUAACUCUUGGAAAAGACCGGGAUGUGCAAGUAGAAGGUAUAGAUGGAGUGCAGUAUGCAGCCAAUGACUCAGUGUUUGACAACGGAUACAAAUACCCGAGGAUGGCAUGUUACUGUGACGUAGUGCGAGACGAGGAGUGCCUGCCGGCCGGAGCCCUGAACGUGUCGGACUGUCGGUUCGGAGCCCCGGCCUUCGUGUCACUACCUCACUUCCUACACGCCGACCCUAUCUAUGCCAGCAAAAUUGAUGGCUUGAAUGCUACUGAAGACAUGAACUUCAGACUAGCGCUGGAGAUGUUCACCGGCAUGCCCCUGUCUGUAGCCGCGCAGUUACAGAUCAACUUGCUUGUACGGAGAGUUAGUGGGAUCACUAUAAACAACGCGUUGCCGGACCCGGACACGAUGGUGCCGAUGUUCCGGUUCCGGCAGGAGACGGCCGUGACGCCGGAGUACGCCGCCAUGGCUCGCUCCGCGCUGCGCCUGCGCUACUGGGUGCCGUACGGGCUCUACGGACUCACUGCAAUCGGAGUAGCGCUACUAGUAGGAGGUAUCACUGUAUUAGUAAGAAAACUAAUGAAAUCCCCCGACACUGCGCCGCUCAUAACCUCAGAGAGUUCACGCCCCACUGAAAGUCUAGAAUCCUAG